AUGGAUACACUCCAUGUCCCUAUGAAUCCCCCCACUCUUACUCCCACAUCCGACACCCACAGCCCCACUCUACCCCGCACCACCCCCACCCCCUACAGCCCCUCCUUCACAGACCCCACCCUCCUACAGCGCCUCCUUCACAGACCCCCACCCCCAACAACCCCUCCACAGACCCCCACCCCUACAGCCCCCUCCUUAGACCCCCUCCCCCUUACAGCCCCUCCUUCACAGACCCCACUCCUACAGUCCCUCCUUCACAGAUCCACACCCUCCCCCUACAGCCCCUCCUACAGCUCCUCCAUAGACCCCCCUACAGCCCCUCCCGCAGCCCCUCCCGCGGCCCCUCCCGAGGCCCCUCCCGAGGCCCUCAGGAAGCCAAACCCCAAGCGGCGACUCGCAGGCCUCCCGAGCGACCGCCGAGGUGCGACGGGAGGCAGAUCUCGCGAUUCAAUGGCCGUGUUUUUGUGCGUGUCUCGGCGGCGGCGAGUGCGGCGCGGCUGCGCGGCGGCGGCGGCGGCGGCGGCCGGCGGCGGCGGUCCAGGGAGGUGGUCCCGGGCCCCGCCCCUGAGGCUUUUCGGUCCCCUGAAGCCCUGA